AUCAAGAUGUCUCUUCCAUUGUACACGGUGUUCAUUUGCUUCGCAAUUCUCUUCAUCAAUGUCAACGGGCAAUGCGCAGGAUCGACAGAACAAUGCGGCUGUAACAACCCUACUACUUCAACAACACCAAGAACCAUAGAGAUAGUCAGAGUCAGAGAUCAAGAGAGAAGACGCGACCCGCAAACCAUAGACAGACGUCAGCCAGUUGUACUACAACCGACUAUACAAAAAUACUUCGUCUUCCCUCAGAACAGUCGAUCUGUCAGAUAUCCUAGUUCUUAUCCACUAGAUAAUAGAGGUGGUUAUUACAUGAUGCCUGUUGCUGUACGUCGCAAGGUUAUCAAGAAGACUCCCGCCGAAACAUAGAACUAGCGAAAAAAAUGUGUGUUAUUUAUUUAUUUAUUA